AUGUCACUUCGUUUUGUAUGCGCUUUUUUAGUCGGCGGGGCGGCUGGUGUGCAGUUCAAAUCGCGAAGGGCCGAGGCAGAGACGAGCUACCUAACGCCCUACCCAACCAAUCCCACUAACUCCCAGGUCUUCAUGGACGUUGCCGAGGUGAAAGAAAAGAGCUUUUUCGGUAUAAAAGGUCAUUCCCAGAUUGGCCGCAUUGAGUUUGAACUCUUCGACGAUACGGUGCCCUUCACGGCGCGCAACUUCCGCGAGCUCUGCCGCGGCGUCCCCAGAAAUGCCCCCGGGGGCAAACCACUUGCCUUCAAAGGCUGCGUAUUCCAUCGGAUCAUCCCGAACUUCAUGAUCCAAGGGGGGGACAUCACGAAUGGGAACGGUACCGGCGGGUGCUCCAUUUACGGGUCAAAAUUCAGGAAUGAGACCUUCCGAGGAAAGGCGGGGCGACACAAGGGCCCGGGCAUCCUUUCGAUGGCCAAUGCGGGUCCCAACACCAACGGCUCUCAGUUUUUUAUUUGCACUAUACCGUGCAUGUGGCUUGAUGGAAAGCACGUCGUCUUUGGUCAGGUCACGAGGGGGUUUGAGUUUGUCAGGAGUUUGGAAUCGCAUGGUACACCAAACGGAAAACCAUCGCAAACGGUUUACAUUCAUGAUUGCGGUGUCCUCAAGGAAAAUGAGUAGGAUUUCUUCUUUUCUGUUGUGCUCACAAAGUUAAUGCUCCACCGCUCGCUGAUAUUUUUGUUCCAUCUGCUAGAGCUCAAGGUUUUGAUGUUUAGGACAAAAUAGCUUGAAAGGUGGGUAAAUACUUGGAUUUUAAUAUUCCAACCCUUAUUCUGUUACAAAUUUUUACUAACCACAUAUUGGUCAAUUCUGUAUUCCCCGCCAAGAAGAUCCUUACUAGGACUAUUCUUAUUCAACCCGACCGGAUCAACAUGCGUAACGUACACCUUUUCAUUGUUUCAUUCUUUAUUUUUUAUUCACCACUGGCUUCAAUGGGCUCUCAUUGAAGUUUCACCUUUACUCCUUCAUGGUAUUGGAACAUACAGCACUGAUAAUAAAAACUGUAGCACUUUCAUGUUUCAUUAGGAGUACUUAUCGAAGAUGUUUCUCAACGUGACUUACAGUCAAAGCAUGCAGACAUGACACCUUUCGAUAUGGCUCUGCAAGUCUCAUGUACCGUAAGCUGUGGGAGGUACAGUUUAUUUCGUCUCACUCAUGUCUAGUUUUGCCCGGAACACUAUUGCUUUCCAUUGCGAAUGUAAAGUGUAUAAGUUCAACAUUAAGUAAACUUUUGAAUCAAGCUUUGGCACUCACGUGACAUAUCGUUUUUUACUGAAUUUCAAAAACCAGUUUAAUUUGUCAUAAAACAGGUGGAAAGAAGGUAACCAAUUAUUUUAGGUAACAUUUUCUUCUUCCAGGAGUACAAGGGUCUUGAAAAGUGUUAAGGGAUUAGCAAAUGAGCUGAAAAAUUGAAUCUAUGAAACUAUCACAUUAAAUUUAGUUUUGGAUGGGGAAUUCUCAUGUUUGUAAAUGGUUAACAAUAACACGGUGAUUAGUCCUAUGGCUGUAAAUUCGAAUUCACUCAUGCUAGCUUAUUGAUAUUUACUUUGAGAUUUUCACAGUGGACCCUCAAAUUUGUGGAGUGAUUUUGCUGUCGUAAGCAUAGCAUUCGUAUACUGUGUAA